AUGCGUCUCUCUUGUAGUCUUACACCCUUCAUUCUCCUCUUUUUUCUCUUCCUUGUCGCACCAGCCGUAUCUUCUGGUGUAGCUAUCUUGAGAACAGAUUAUUACCAAAAGACAUGCCCCGAUUUCAACAAAAUCGUGCGUGAUGCCGUUAUAGCCAAGCAAGGUCAACAACCGACAACUGCGGCCGGGACACUUCGUCUCUUCUUUCACGAUUGUUUCCUCGAAGGCUGUGAUGCGUCUGUUUUGAUAGUGACCAACUCGUUUAACAAAGCGGAACGUGACGAUGAUCUCAACGACUCCCUCCCAGGAGAUGCUUUUGACAUUGUUAAUCGCAUCAAAACAGCUCUAGAGCUGUCUUGUCCCGGUGUG